AUGAGGUGGAGAUGCGUAUGGUUGUGUUUCCUCGCUCUGUCUGUUACCAUUGACAUCGAUGUCCAAGCAAGACUGGUUCGCAACCAUGUCAGCAGCAUCUGCAGCACAUGGGGCAGAGAGCACUUCAAGACGUUUGACGGUGACGUUUACCAGUUCCCUGGUAUGUGUGAGUACAACCUGGUCUCUGAUUGCCACGAGUCCUACCAGGAGUUCUCUGUGCACAUGAAGAGGAAAGACAAAGAUGGAAACCCUAAAGUCAAUCAUGUGGUUGUCACCAUCAAUGACCUUAUGUUCUACCUCACCAAGGACAUGAUCACUGUGAAUGACGUCCCUGUCAAAACGCCAUACUACAAUGCAGGGGUACAAUUGGAAAACAAUGCUGUUUACAUCAAGCUCCAAUCUAAAGUUGGCAUCACUGUCAUGUGGAACGGUGACGAUGCAGUCAUGGUUGAACUGGAUGCUGAUUAUGCGAAUCGUACUUGUGGACUCUGUGGAGACUUCAAUGGUGUUUCUGUCCAUAAUGAGUUCAUUCAUAAUGGUCGCAAAAUUAGCCCUAUUGAGUUUGGAAACAAACAGAAAGUCCAUCGUCCAAACGAUGAUUGCGAGGACCCCUUUGAGGAGGAAGAAGAAUCACUGGAGGCUGUGCUGGAUUCAUGCAAGGAGUUUCAAACCACCUGUAACCAGAUGCUGCGUUCAGAGCGCUGGAGCUCCUGCACCAAACUGCUGAACCCUGAACCUUACAUCCAGGCCUGUGUGCAGGACAUGUGUGGCUGUGCCAAUAGUACAAAUGACAUUUGUGUCUGCAGCACACUGUCUGAGUUCUCUCGACAGUGUUCACACGCAGGAGGGCAGCCUCCCAACUGGAGGACACCUAAGUUCUGUGCUAAACAGUGCCCAUACAACAUGGUUUAUGAAGAGAGCGGUUCCCCUUGCAUGGAUACAUGCGCACAUCUAGACACAAGUUCACUGUGUGAGGACCACAAAAUUGACGGCUGCUUCUGCCCUCCUGGAACCGUGUUUGAUGAUAUAUCCAUGAGAGGGUGUAUUGCUCAAUCUGAGUGUCAGUGCAAACACAAUAAAAUCUAUAACUCUGGUGAGGUCUACAGACAGGACACAAAGGAAUGUACAUGUGUUGAGGGUAGAUGGGCUUGUGAAAGCCUUCAAACACCUGCUACAUGUGCAGUUGAAGAAGGUUCACACGUAACUACCUUUGACGGGAAAACCUACACCUUCCAUGGAGACUGUUACUACACUCUAGCCAAAGUGGAAAGCAAGGAUUAUGCAAGUCCCAAGUUCACCAUCCUGGUUCAGUUGGUUCCUUGUGCAAAUCAAGAAUUUGACACUUGUCUUAAGAGCCUCAAAAUCCUGCUGAACAACGACAGAAACAAUGUAUUAAUGUUCACUUCUGAUGGUACAGUAAAGCAGAACAUGCAGACCAUCAGUUUGCCGUACCACUCAGGUGACAUCAACAUAUUCCACGCUUCAUCCUUUCACAUCUUGCUCCAGACCAGUUUUGGGUUGCAAAUUCAGAUCCAGCAUGUGCCUGUUAUGCAAGUCUAUGUCAGCCUGGACCAAAGCUACAAAGCAAAGACACGUGGUUUAUGUGGAAACUACAACAUGGUCCUGUCUGAUGACUUGAAGACUCCUCAGGGGAUCGUGGAGGGAACAGCAGUGACUUUUAGUAACUCGUGGAAGGCUAACCUCAUGUGCCGAGACAGAGAGGAAAGACUUGAGGACCCUUGUUCCCUCAGUCUGGAAAACGAGCGGUAUGCUAAACACUGGUGCGCCUUGCUACUGAGUCCAGACAGCGAUUUUGCGCAGUGCCGUUCAGUGGUGGAUCCUGAGAUGUACUACAAGCGAUGUACUUAUGCUAGCUGUAACUGUGAGAAGAGUGAGGACUGCUUGUGUGCCGUCUUCUCCUCCUACGCUCGGGCUUGUGCAUCAAAGGGAGUGUCCUUGACAGACUGGAGAGGGAAUGUGUGCGAUAAAUACACAAGGAGCUGUCCAGCAUCUCAGAUCUUCUCUUACAAGCAUCAGAGAUGCCAGUUGACUUGCAGAUCACUGGGCACAGUGCAGCAAAGUUGCACUUCUGACUUCUUGCCUGUGGAUGGCUGUUCCUGCUCUGAGGGUCUCUACCUAAAUGAAAAUGGCAUCUGCGUUCCCAUGGCAAAAUGUCCCUGCUACCAUAAUGAAGUCUACGUCAAGUCAGGAAAGUCAAUCAGCAUCAAAGAUGACCAUUGUGUGUGUACCAAUGGAAUGCUUCAUUGCCAUUCUUGGAAAGCCCGCUCAUCAACAUGCCCUUUUCCAAAAGUGUUCUUCAACUGCUCCGCUGCGGCCACAGGAGAGCUGGGACAGCAGUGUGCUCGAACUUGUUUAAAUCUGGACAGUGAUGAUUGUGACUCCACAGAGUGUGAAUCCGGCUGUCGGUGUCCAGGUGGCCGCCUUGAUGAUGGCAAAGGUUCCUGUGUGAAAGAAAAUGAAUGUCCAUGUCAACACGAUGGGCAUAUUUAUGCCCCUGGAGCACAAAUCCCUAACCAGUUACAGGACAACUUUGGAGUUAUCACAGAAAAUGUACCAUGCGGAUCUACAGGCACCACAUGCUCCAAAACUGUCAGAAUCCAGCUGGGGCGAAUGGAAGUCAAACUAUCAAAGGGUAAAUAUGAAGAGGCCGACCUGGGACAUGGCGCUGAGAUUCAGUACAAAAUAAGGAAGGUUGGCUUGUAUUUGGUGAUAGAAUCUGCCAUUGGACUGGUAGUGAUGUGGGAUGGCAAAACAUCUGUUCGCAUCAUCCUGGAACCACAGCACAGCGGAGAGGUAUGUGGCCUGUGUGGAGAUUUUGAUGGUGAUGGACAGAACGACUUCACCACCCAGGGUCAGCUGGUAGUGAGCAAUCCGUUAGAAUUUGCAAAUAGCUGGAAAGUGUCAAGCCAGUGCCCAGAUGUAGAUAUGAAUGCUGACCCUUGUGGACUAAGACCCAAUCGACAUCACUGGGCAAAAAUGAUGUGCAGCAUUAUAACUGGAAAUACGUUCAAAGAGUGCCACAAUAAGGUAGCUCCCCUUCCAUUUUAUGAAAACUGUGUGAAAGACUCGUGUGCCUGCGACUCUGGAGGAGACUGCGAAUGUUUCUGCUCGGCAGUCGCAGCUUAUGCUCAAGCUUGUAAUGAGGCUUCUGUCUGUGUGGCAUGGAGAACUCCAGAAAUCUGUCCUGUCUUUUGUGAUUACUACAAUAAACCAGAGGAAUGUAAGUGGCACUACAACCCCUGCCACAAACCUUGCUACAAGACCUGUUUACAUCCCGAAGAAAUGUGUAGUAACCCUUUACCCAACCUGGAAGGCUGUUACCCCGUAUGCCCAGAAGAUAAGCCCAUAUUUGAUGAGGAGACGGGGUUGUGUGUGGAGGAAUGUUCAGGUUGUUUUUACAACAAUACUAGAUAUGACGAAGAUGACGUUAUUUACAAUGUGACUGACAAUUUAGGAAUGUGCUACUAUGCAAUAUGCAAGAAUUCAACAGUGAUAUUUGGAAGUGAACCUUGCGUUACAAACACAACAACUACAACCCAAGAGCCAACCACACCAACUGAACAAACCACUCCAACCCAAGAGCCAACAACAACCACAACAUCUACGACCCCA